UGGGAGAAAGAACUCUUGUCUGCCUGAGCAAGUGGCCAGCUUGAUCAGCAUUGAAUAGCUUGGCAUCUUCAAAGUCUGGCUGCUUCAGGACCAGUUAACACCUCCCAACAAAGGAUUCCCCCAGGCAGUCAAACAGCCAGGCUUUGAAGUUGCAAGGCUAUUCAAUGCUAAUCAAGGUGGCCAAUUGCAACAUUCACACUUGCCUCAAACAGACAAGAGUUCUUUCUCCCACACUGAACAUUCCAGAGAUAUAUAAACAUAGUUCCCAACACCUCACAACCUGAUGGUGAAACGUCAGGCGAGAAUGCUUCUGGAACAUGGCCAUACAGGACAGAAAACUCACCCAGUGAUCCGGCCAUGAAAGCCUUCGACAAUACAUAAAACAACAAUCGCGAUUCAACGGAGAGCGAGGAUUUGCUGUUCCUCCUUACCGCGAAAAAUGCCAGGGGUUUCCUAUCCGAUGGCCAAAUGGGAAGAGGAUCUCUGGGCGUGAGGCUCUGUAAGGCUGCAUCUACAGUGUAGAAUUAAUGCAACUUGCCAUCGCUUUAACUGCCGUGGUUCCAUGCUAUGGAGUCCUGGGAGUUGUAGUUUGGGGAGGCCUCAGCGCUCUUUGGCUGGGACGGCGAUGUUAAAACAACGACUCCCAGGAUGCCAUAGCAGCUAAAGCGGUGUCAAAACUGCAUUAAUUCUACAAUGUAGAUGCACCCCGUCCCCAAGUCUAAGUGCAACUUCACUAAAGUUCCGAGAGGUGGGACCUGUGCGUGUGGUUGUGUUCGACGUGGUGACGUUUGAGUAUUGAGUUGCCCAGAGAGAAAAGAAGUGGGGAGCAAGAGGGAGGGGAAAGUGUGGGGCUGUGGGAGCGUCACUGCGAGUGGAGCGCUGUCGCUGACUGUCCUGGGACGCUUCCCUUUCUCUGCCUCUCUCUCUCUCUCUCCGCGAAUGUCAUCUGGGCGGGGGAAAAGGGCGAGGGAAGCCCUUCGCUUCGACCGGAGAGCCUUUCCCUUCGAGGAUGGUCGCAGAGCGUCUCCCUGGAGCGAGAGGCAGGCGGCCGGCCGGAUGGGGAGCCCCAACAACGCCACGCCAGGACUGCGGCUGCUUAGGCCUCCAACCGUGAUUGGACAAUUCCACACACUUUUCUUUGGCUCAGUGAGAAUGUUCUUCCUUGGUGUUUUGGGUUUUGCUGUUUAUGGAAAUGAAGCCUUACACUUCAGCUGUGAGCCAGACAAGAGGGAAGUUAAUCUAUUCUGUUACAACCAGUUCAGGCCUAUAACCCCACAGGUAUUCUGGGCUUUACAACUAGUGACCGUACUGGUACCUGGAGCCAUUUUCCAUCUUUAUGCUGCAUGUAAAAGCAUCGCUCAGGAAGAUAUCCUUCAAAGACCUGCCUACACCGUUUUUUAUAUUCUCUCUGUUCUGUUAAGGAUCAUCCUUGAAGUUGUGGCUUUUUGGCUCCAGAGUCAGCUCUUUGGUUUUCAAGUGAACCCACUCUACAGAUGUGAUGCAGGAGCCCUUGAUAAAAAGUUUAAUAUUACCAGAUGCAUGGUACCAGAACAUUUUGAAAAGACAAUCUUUCUUAUUGCUAUGUACACUUUUACUGUGAUCACAAUUAUGUUAUGUAUUGCAGAAGUUUUUGAAAUCUUGUAUAGAAGGCUAGGUUUCUUGAAUACGCAAUAACUUUGUUAAUUUCUUUAUUAACAAUACAUUUUAUUUGUUAAUUAAUAUGUUAUCAACAUAUAUUUUUGUGUACAAUGCAGUUGUUUGUUUUAAACAGAAAUUACUUUUUUUCAAAUCCCAAAAUUUGGUGACAGGGCAAAUAGGCACCUUAAAAUAUCUUUAAAUAUUUCUAUAGGGCAUUCUCCUUGAUUGAAUUUUUAGCGCAACAAAUUCACAUAUACACACUUUCUAUAUCUAUAUUAAUGUGCAUACACACACGCACGCACACACUGGAGUUCAGACCUUGGUCUCCUACAGUGAAAUAAAUGCAGCUUUUACAAACACUUAAGUGAAAGCAAAUGUCACUGAACCUCAGGUGAGACUUCCAAGUAGACAUGUAGCUUUCUUGUGAGUCUAAAUACUUGAUAAUACACUCUAACAUCAGGAGAAUAAUGAUAACUUUAUUGACUGGGGUAGAGACAAACAGGAGGCUAGUCACUUACAUCAUUUAAGCAAACAAAUGUUACUGAAAGUAUCAUAAAUGCAUUUUAACUUUAACAUAUUGUGUUUUCCAACAUGGGGUUUUAUUGGACAAAAUUAGGAAAUUUAAUUUAUUUUAAACCUCAUACAGAAAAAGAACAAUUCCAGGCACUAAACAGACUCCAACAAUCAGUCCUGAAUUACCAGAUUCAGUACAAACAAUAAAUACUUUUAUGCCACCUUAAAGACUGACCCAUUUAUAAAUACAAUAUAAACUUCCAUGGAUGAUUGCCCAUUUCAGCAGAUGCAUAUUAUAAUUCACAAAGGUUUGCCAUAAUAUAUGUGUUAGUUUUUAAGAUGUCAAUGUUUCUUGUUGGUUUUGUUGCAUGGACUAACAGCUAUUUCUUCAGAGAACACACUCACUGGUUCCAUUUUAUAACAUUGCUUUUAGCAUUAUGAAGUAGUUUCUGUUCAGAAUAGAAUUAGCUAUGUUCUUUGCUGCGUGUAAAUUACUUUUAACACAGAAUUUUGAAACUGUUCUUUCUUUUGUUCUAUAUUCCAUUCUGUUUUACCUUGUUCUAUAUGAUCUGCUUAUUUGAAAUAUCAGACACUGAUAAAUUAUUUCCUCUGUUCUUGUUUUAUAUUUUUUACUUGUACAGGAACUUGCCAAAAAUAUUUCAUGCAUAGAAAAUUUACUGUUGUGGAAUGAAAGAGAUUUAAUUCACUAUUUCCUGUAGUUUUAGAUAAGAUAAUGAGAGGGCACCAAUUUAUUUUGUAAUCAGUAAGAAAUUAUAUGUCUUAGUGGAAGAAGGAUGUAAUUGUGUUGUGCCAAUUGUACUAGUCUGACAGAUAAUGGAUAAGAAAAACAAUGAGGUCAAGCCACUCUGCCAUUUUUCUGAAAGACAGACAUGGGAAAAUUGCUGGACAUGUUUCUAUAUUUAUAAGGUUAUAAAUGAUUAAUCCAUUUUCAGUAACAGAGGGGCUUCCUUGACAGCACUGAAAACCACAUAUAUGCUGACAGUCUUCACAUUUACUUUCCUAUAGUUCCGUAAAUAAUCAAGUAAUAUUUUAAGUCUAUUGCAAAAUAAAUUAUCUCUUUAACUGAUUUAUAGACUACUAUUUAAAAUUUAGUGCUAUUGGUAUAUCCUAAGUAUAUUUCAAUCCAUCCUUAAUAUUUCUAUAAGCCCAGUCCAUUAACCCAAAGGAAUUUCUGAAUAAACACUAAUGGAAAGGAUGCACAUAGGCAUUUUAUAUAUAUAUAUAUACACACACACACACACACAGAGUUUGUAUUUGUAUUCCAACACUAAAUCCCAGACUGCAAAAGUAAUCUUGAAUGAAAUACAGAAUAUAAAUUAAAAACUUGCGGACUGCAGAACAAACACACUAUACAGAAUAGGCUUUUAUCUAUUUUAAAAACAACAAAAAGGCAUUAGAUCAUGGGGGGAAGUAUGAAAAGUGCCACAAUCAUACAUAUAGGGGCCUCCGAUGGCCUAGGGGAUAAAAGCCUUGUGACUUGAAGGUUGGGUUGCUGACCUGAAGGCUGCCAGGUUCGAAUUCCACCCGGGGAGAGCGCGGAUGAGCUCCCUCUAUCAGCUCCAGCUCCAUGCAGGGACAUGAGAGAAGCCUCCCACAAGGAUGGUAAAAACAUCAAAACAUCUGGGCGCCCCCUGGGCAACGUCCUUGCAGACAGCCAAUUCUCUCACUCCAGAAGCAACUCCGGUUGCUCCUGACACAGAAAAAAAAUCAUACAUAUGCAUGUCUGAUGUUGAUAUUUCAGGUCAGCCAGACUUCAUAACAUGCAUAAUAUUCAAUGAAUUCACAGCUCAGUAUAAAUCUCAUACAUUUAAUAUGGAGCCAAGCCAAUGUUCAAUAUUUCUUACAGAUUUUUCCUGUAACGUAAUACACGGCAGUCUUGUUUCUUUUCCAUUUAUGAGACCCUUUUAUCCCAAUUAUAAAUUCAAGACUUCCCUAUAUAUAGCUUUGGCUGUAAUUUAGAUCAUUAAUGCACUCUAGCCAUGCUCCCAAGUCCAAACAACAGAAGAUACAAACAGCAUGGGCUCUACGCUUCUUCAUAAUCUUCCCAGCAGCAGUCCUACUUUUCAGACUUUGCAUUACUACUAUAAAUAUAUAAUAUAUAAAUUGAAAAUAAAAACAAUCAUUGAUUUGCCAAAAGAAGACACAAAGAACUACUGGAAGUGAAAGCAAUGGGAAAAACUGUACUAUCCAGUUCCUUUGCACAUUAUUCUCAGAAUGGUGUCUAUGUGUUUUGUAUAUUCUGUAUGAGCACUUUGAAUGUAUUAAAAAGAAAAAGACACAUUUUAAAGCUAACUAAUUGUUUAAUGCUUAAAAAACCCAGCUCAACUGUGACAAGUAGUUAGCAUUCGAUUUGAAACAUUAGUAACAUAUCCAUCACCCAAAGAGUUCAAAGUGACACUUUUAACAAACCCUCAAUAACCUUGGAGGUUAGAUUAAGAAAGAGUGACUUGACAACAGAAACUGGGUGGGACCUGCUGUUAAAUGGAGCUUACCCUACUGUCAGAACUUCCUAUAUUUCCUAUAGGGAUCACACAAUUACACUUAUGGUUUCUGAGACUAUUUAUCUUAUAAAUUUAUGUUUUAUGUUUCUGAAUGGAUAUCAGUUAUAUAGAUUAUGUAUAUAAAAAGGAUGCUGUGAAUUAGGCUUGCCAGAUUCUUUUUUCUCUCCCAAACCACCCCAUGAUUUUAAUAGCAGCUUGAUGACACCACGUGGCAUAAUGUUUACCCCCACACUAUGAAAAGCUGUUUUGGCUGAUGGCUAGAAAUCAAACUGUUAUUAAAGAGGCAAUAACUGGCCAGAUGCUGUUUUCCAUUCAAUUAUUAAUGCUAUUUUACAUUGUGCAAUGUUUUUUGUUCAGCUGCGAUAUGCUUAUUAUUGUUUUAUCAAAUAUCCAUCCAUGUUUCUUUAUAAACAAAUGAGUUGUUGUUUCCCCCCAGAUUUCAAAUGUAUGAUCUCAGGUAAAAUAAAAACUUUUUACUCAAAACAA